GUAGUGGGUGGGAAAUGUCGGCCUUCCUUGGCUCCUGUUGGCCGAAUACUCUAUCGGACUUCAUGAGGAGAGGGGAGGGGCGAGCAGAAAGAACGUAAAAUUGGGAGAGCUACUGGAGGAGGGUUCCGUGUAUGUAUGUGCGGGAGGGUAGCGCUGCCAGCAUUGGUUUGCAUUGUUUUAACACAAUUCAGCUUUUGCUAUAUCAAGAAGAUUUUGUGCAAAAAAUGAGCCGAUUCCUGGCUGUGUUAAGAAGCUGGCUUAUGAUGGUCUCCAUUAUCGCAGCUGGGAACACAUUCCAGAGCUUCAGAGACCACAGUUUCCUGAGUGACAAACUUUAUACUGGCAGCCCUGACCUGGUGAAUGGCCUCCAAGCUCGUACUUUUGGGGUGUGGACACUGCUUUCCUCUGUUAUCCGAUGUGCAUGUGCUGUGGAUAUCCAGAACAAGACGCUCUACCACCUCACACUCUGGACAUUCAUACUGGCUCUGGGACAUUUCCUGUCUGAAGUUUUUGUUUACCACACUGCUGAGAUGUCUAUAGGCAUAAUGGCUCCACUGAUGGUUGCAAGUUUCUCCAUUUUUGGGAUGUUGAUUGGUUACCAGUAUCUGGAGGUUCAACAAGAGUCUUCUAUUUCCCAUAACAAAAAGAAAAACUAAAGAAGCAUCAAUAAUGUGAUGAGGUUACAUUCAGAAAUGAAUUGAAGGCUUUGUGUAGUGGUCCAUAGAACCAGAUCUGAACUGAGAACUAGGCUCUGGAAUUCCAAGUACGCAGAGGCCCAAACAUGCUCCCACAGGCUCAAUAGUGGAAUCUUAUGGCAGUCCGUUGGGCAUUUCGAACCAUUUGGGAGACAUGCUCUCCAUCCUAAUUGUUGUAUCUAUGAAAUAACCAUUGUGUUAAAUAAAUUAAUGGAUUUUA